AUGUCGACCGGAAAUUCUAAGCAAGGCGACACCAGAUUGGUGGUUGCUGCAACGACGGGGUCGGCGUCUUCGUUAAUGGAGACGAAGAAGGCUGAUCACGGAGGAUCUUCGUCUAUCGUGGAGUAUAAACCGCCGGUUAUGCUUGAAGACGAGGAAGAUCUAGAGAUAAAGCUCAGACGAAUCCUCGAGAACGUCCCCGUUCGCGUCAGCAACACCUCCGGAAGUUCUGCUGGUUCUGGUUCCGGCGAUUUCCACCAGUACCGGCAAAUGAGGAGAAGGGAACAAGACAGGCUCACAAGGAUGGAUAUUGACUACAACAAGCGGUUAAAAAUGGCGGAGUUUACUAUAAGAAGGGAAGAGAAACUGAAAGCCACGGAGGAGAAAACAUCAAAGAAGCGUUUGAAACGUCAGAAGAAGAAGCAGAAAAAGCAGGAGAAGAAGGGUAAACCAAACACCGAGGAACAACAAGAGAAGCAAAAUAGAGAAGGAUUGUUAUCUGAGGACGACGACGCCAAAGGCAACGAAGAAGAGUCUCUUGUAGAAGCUCGUCCACGUCCCAUAUUCAAUAAAUCGAGGUUUUAUCAAGAGAAGUAG